AUGCCCCGGCGCGAGAGCAGCGCGCGCCACACGAGCACGGCGACGGCGCGGACGGCGAUCGUCCUGCUGGGCUUUCUGCUCGGGGUCGCGUCCUCGCGCAGGACCCACGCCACGACGCUCGAGGCAAGGUGGGAAACGCUGUUCGCGCGCUCCGUGCUCGGGAUCUCGGGGGACAACGACUAUUUGAUGGGCGUCAAGAGAGUGCGGAGGCUGUACUGCAACGUGGGCAUCGGGUUUCACCUGCAGGUGCUGCCAGACGGAAGGAUAAACGGUGUACAUGACGAGAACCAGUACAGUCUUAUAGAGAUCUCAGCGGUGGAGAGAGGAGUGGUGAGUCUCUAUGGGCUGAAAAGUGAGCUGUUUGUCGCAAUGAACCGCCGGGGAAGGUUGUACGCAACGAGAGACUUCCGGGACGAGUGCAAGUUCAAAGAGACAUUGCUUCCCAACAACUACAAUGCCUAUGAGUCUUCCAUUUAUAAGGGCUUCUACAUCGCCCUGAGCAAACAUGGCCGUCUGAAGAGAGGCUACAAAGCCACACCGGCUAUGACUGUCACACACUUCCUCCCUCGAUUAUGAGCGAGACUGGCAAUAACUCACUCUUUUUUGCACAUAUUGGACGAUCUCACAGGUAACUUAUACAUACGUACAAGGCACGAAAAAUGAACUGCAAUCAAAAGAUACAAAACACGUAAUUACAGUAUUUAUUCUCGUUAAUGAAAUAUAUGUAUAUAUGGGUAGCUGUGUGUCUGAUCUUUGUGUACAUGCCAUUCUUUGCUGCUUAUCAUUUCUAUUAAGAUUAUAUGAGGGACGAGGAGCUUUUUUUUGCCCCCUCUCACUUUUUAUGGGUGCUUGCCAUAACUGGUGUGUGAACCUUACCCUGUCAUCGGUAUGACUAACAUCUCCAGCUUUCAGAAGUGAAACAGAUACGUUUUAAUACCUCAAAGAGCUACGUCCGGCUUGGAAAGGUGUGAGCGUGUCACACACGGGGGGUAGGGGUAGAUAUAAAGAAAUGUUUAACUAUUUAUCUUUGAUCUGUUCCACCAUUUUGCAAGAGAGAAGACAGCAUAUGAGAUUGCUGCCUUUCUUGCACGGUGGUGCCUUAGGUUCCUAAACUGUGUAAUUUUUUUAUUUGCAUGUUUGCAUCCUGCUAUAACAGAGAUGACCCACUCUGGGGGCUUCAGCCCAAUUCCUAGAGGGCUGUGAGUAGCUUAAUUUAAUGCUGUUUCCUUACUUAGAUCAGCUAGAUAUCAGAGAAUCUGGGACUUGCCAGAAAUAAGAGCAGCUUGCAUGUGUUUGUAUUGGAGACUCAAGCUGAGGAAGAUCUUUAAUCCUUCAUAGCGAGGACAGUUCAAGGCACUGGGGGCUUUUUAUUUUAUCUUGAACUGUAGCAUGGCCAAUGACCUCAGAACUGAACUUAUCGUCUGUUUACGAAGUAUCAAGUAAAAGAAAUUGGGUUGAUCAUGGGAUUUGAAGGAUUUUUGGAUUUUAUAAGCUGGAACUGGUUUCUAAUGUAGCAAUUUUUUUAUGAUGAGGUACUUUGCUCAUUUAACUAGUAUGUGAAAAGCAAACAUCUCAGGCUCCAAAAAGUGAAAUUUUUGCAUAGAUUAAUUUAUGAGUAUGGCUCUAUGUUGUCCAUUUUGCAUUUAUAUUACUUUUAGACAACAGGACCGAGUUCAGGGGUGGACAAAUCAUAAAUUCAUUAGCUAGCCUACAGGCAACUCAAAGCUAGGAUCAAAUGGGGCAAGUAACAAUUUAAUUUGAAAAUAUAGAGAGCUGAUUAUGUGCAUUAAUGCAGACUAUAGAAAACGAGCGAGUAAUUUAAUCCCUGUGAGGAAUGAUUUGAUGUAACUCUCUGGUGACAAAUGAUAUUGUUUGCACCUUCAACAGAAAAGCAAAAAGUCUUUGGCUAACAAUCCAACUAUUAGCUGUAGUGUUCUCUUGUUGCCGUAAAAAACGUCUAAAGUCUUUAUUUUUGUGAGAUCAGUGCACGUUAAGCUAGCAUUAGAGAUAUACAACAGUUUUAUGCUGCCAUGUGCCACUUUUGCCACUGUUUCCUCAUCCUGGAAAAUUUGUCUAACCUCCUUCCAACCUAGUUAAUAUGGCCUAACAGUUUCUAUCCAGAAGCAUAGCUGCAGGACAGUUAAAGCAGGCAACUGCUUUGGGGCCCUGUGUUUUGAGGGAGUCCCCUGAAAGCUGAAUUUAAGGCCAUGAAAAUCUCAAAAUGUAGAACUCUGAUGGGCAAAAACUCUGAUGGGCAAAGUGCAAUGCUAUACCAGGAACCCUUCUCUCUAGCAUGUGGGACUUGCACAAGUUCAUUUCAAAUUGCAGCACUUUUCAAAAUGAUGAGACUUUGGAAGCCAAUAAAAAAGAGAAAACAAGAAGAAGAGGAAAAGAUGAAGCAGAACUGUGAUAAGUAGUGGAGAUCAUCUAACAACAAAAUAAUUCAUGAUGACAACUGUAGGCUGUGUGCCAUAAAGUAAUGCUAAGCAAACAUCAUUUUGGCAAAUAGGUGGUUAGCUAUUCCAUUGGCAUUCCAUAUGGAGCAUGCAAUGUUAAUUAUUUAGCUAGCUUUCUUGGUAGAAUUUGUCAUUUUGCUCAAAUUGGUUUGAUGGCUUUGGUCUUUUAAAGUAUAUCCAGAGAAUAAACCCCAAGACUACAUGAUCUAUCUUACUGGGGAGCUUGAUCUACAACUAUAUUUAGCAUGUAUAACCCCAACACUUUCAUACAGCUAUCCUCUAGUUGGUUCAUUGUUUUGAUUAUUUAUGAUGGCAUCUGGGGUAACAAAAUGGCAAUAAAGUGGAAAAAUAACCUUGAAUUUUCGGCCUGGGGCUCCCACUGCCACUAAAUCAGAUAUGUAGUGCAGCAGGUGGCGGAAUUCAGAAAAGCGUCAUGCACCGCACAACCUCAAGGUUCUCUGCAUAACUGAGAAACAAACAUUUAUACAAACAGAUGAACUUUUCUCUUUGCGAAUGUUUAAAGGGAGUAGAGUUUUUCUGGUAACACUGUCUAUGAAGCCCAUACUCAUAAAUUAUAUUUAACAGUGCUUAUAACUAACAGUUUUAUAAUAGUUAUAAUAGUUAAUAAUAAUAGUUCAAUAAUAACAUUUACAAAUAAGUUGCAUCUUAGAACCUAUUUAUAAUGAGGUAUAAUUUGAGGAAUACACUUGUAAAUGUACUCAGUGAUGACAAUGAAA